AUGGAAGCCUUGGAAUGCCAACUUUUUAUUGAAAGGAAAAAUCAGGAAAUCGAAUGUCUGGCAGUAACUCCUAAUGGUUACUUUUGUGCUGUCGCACAAAGAGAGGGAAACAUUACCAUUUUUGACACAAUUACCUUUCAUUCCUGGUUAAAAAUUCUGAGCAUUGAGCAACGCUCUUUAAGAAGCCUAUUUUUUUUAAAGAAAACCAAUUCAAAUUCUGGACUUAAAAAUGCCCAAUUUAUCGAUAGUAAUUCAUCUUUACAAAGUGAGAAUUUGAGUGAAACUGAUAGUGAUUGCACUAAUACUACGGCAUGUACGUCUCCUAUUAAAUCUCCAAUUAAGAAAUCUUACCAUUCUACGCUUAAAAAUAAUACUAAUAUAUUUGAGUUGUAUAAAUAUAGACUUAUUGGGUUGGGGCUUGAUGGAAGAAUUUUUGAAUGGGACUUGAGUAAUGGCAUGGUUUUAAAAACUGCCUUUUCUUAUGGAGGCGCAAUUUUUCAAGGUAUUUUAUCUCCAUCGUAUGAAAAUUUAGCGUUAGCAUGCGCAGAUGGAUCAGUUAAAGUAUUCAGCUUGUUAAACAAUGAACUUUCAUUUAUGUAUUCUUUGCCAAAGCAUAGCAAUAGGCUAUUAUCAAUAACUUAUCUAAAUGAUAAUACAAUAUUUGCAGGUUCUAGUGAUGGAGUAAUUUUAGAAUAUAACCUAGAAAAAAGAAUAUGCAUUAACAAAAUGUCGGUAUGCACAGGUAAAAAAUCAAGUGAUAAAAGCACUUCAAAAAGUGUGUCAAUAUGGUGUUUAAUUUGUUUAGAGUCUGAUAAAAUUUUGUUUAGUGGUGAUUCAAAUGGAACAGUAAUUCUCUGGGAUUUAAUUACCUAUACAGCAAUAAAUACAUUUAAACAUCAUCAUGGAGAUGUUCUAACGCUCUCAAAACUCGCGAAUAUUAACACUAAAACACCAGAUAAUAUUUUAGUUUCCACCGGACUUGACGGGCGUGUGGUAACAUAUAUUCAUACAGGGAACUUUAAUCACUCUGAGCAAUCAGGAAAAUGGCUACCUGGUUCAUUUUGUUACCCUCACUCUUCUUCUAUAGGUUCGGUUGCAACAGUUGCUAUGCCGCACAUUAACGGACCAUUAGCCUUGUCAGGUACCUGGGACGGGAAGUUGAUGCUUUGGUUAUCGUUUGAAUAUAAUAAAAAGAAGUGUAGAAGUAAUUUUGAAUUUUUGUCCGCUUCUCCGAGACUUAAAUACUUAACUCUUCCUAUAGGAGUAUUAAAAAAUCCGCAAAGCAUCCACAUAGCAGAAAGUGAGCGUUUGAUACUACACCAAGGUUUAUCAAAUCUUGAAUUAUGGUUCAUUUCUGACCCUGAUAUAAAUCAAGGUAUUAAUUCAUCUUCUGAGAAAAUUUUGAUAAACCCAUUUCAAAUUACUUACAAUAAAUUAAACGAUUUUUGUUCCCAUAUCAUUGAAGGCGAUAAAAAAAUCUCCAAAUUAAUUCCGGUUCAACCAAUUAAAUUAUUAGACAUUAAACUUUCUAAUAAAAAAAACGAAAUUAUUGGUUGCUCUGCACUGAGUAAAGACGGGAAUUACAUAAUAGGUUCAUUUUCCGAAUCUGGAAUAAAGGCAAUAAAUAUAGAUUUUCAAAGCUUGAACAUUAAUAAUAUUCAACUUGAAUCUUGUAACGGUAUAAUAGCUACUUCAAUGAAGUUUUUAACAAAUAACAUAUUAAUUAUUGGUGGUUACUUAGAUUUAGAUUACAAGAAUAAUUUAAAAAUAAAACCAAAAAUUUACUUUAUUGAUAUUGAAAGAGAUAUUGUUGUCUCUUUUUUAGAACUUAAGCAUUUCAACAAUGAAGAACACUCAGUAAUUGGGAAAAUAGUAUCAUUAAAUAUUUCCCCAGAUAAUCAAUGGCUUGCAGUAUUAACAAGUUUUGGCAAUACAUUUAUUAUUGAUCUUGAUUCGUUUAAAUUAGAAGUGGAUCUAACAAACUUAGAGAGUGAAGUGUUGAAUCCUUUUUCGCAAAAUAAUUAUUCUACACCAAUUGCUUCAAUAUCCUUCAAUAAUCGUGAUAGUGAUAUUGUUUCUGUUAUGAUGUCAGAUGGAAAAUAUUAUUUUUAUUCAAUCAGCUUAAAAAAGAUAAUACCAAAAGAAUACAUAAGAAACCAUAAAAAUUAUUCCGAUAACUCCUCAAUUGUUUAUCGAGUCCCUAAAAAAAUAUAUUCUCCAAUUUUGCACGGGCCAAUUCUAAAUAUCAAUUGGAUAAUACCAUAUAAUCAUGUUUCAAAAGGAAGUGAGUGUAAUAUUCAGGAUAUUAUUAUUAUAAGCACGAUUGAUUAUACUAGUUAUUUUUAUUUAAAUAACUAUGAAGAAACUAGUAAUAAUUGCCAAGAUAAUACAUCUAGCAGCGAUUUUCUGAACUCAAUACAUAUGGAAAAGAAUCUUUGUGGACCCGUGUAUAAAUUACCAAGAUUUAAAAAGAUAGACGCCUUCACAUGCAAUUAUCAAUUUUUCCCCGAAAGAUCAUUUGAAUUUUCUAAUUAUUUCAAUAAUGUUAAAUUUUUAUUCGGUAGUGACCUGAAUAAGGACUUUUUAAGGAAAGAUUCCUAUGAUGACAUUUUUCUUAACCAUAAACUAAUUUACGGUGUAUUUUGGACAAACUCUCCAAAAUGGUUUUCUUUGUUAAAAAGAGGGUUUUUUUUUGAACACAAAAAUGUUCAAGAAAGCCAAUUAAAUGGAUGUUUGAUUAUUUUAUCAUGUAAAAGUAAUAAUAAAAAUAGGAGUGAAUACCAUUCUGAGAUUACACCAAACAAUAGAAGAAAAUAUGGUGAUUAA